ACCUUUCAAGCAUGAAUGUUCAUGCCCAUAGUGUCCGCUAUACUUUACUUGGACAAAGAAAAAAUAGCAUCCUUCACUAUAAGAAAGCAUUUUUUUUCUCUUUUCUAAUUUAAGAAAAUUACACCACCUUGAAUCUUAGACAGCUUGAGUUCAAAAAUGGGGCUUGAUGGAAGAUUCCAAAGAUGAGGGGACAUGUGAAGGGGGAACAAGCUCAAUAAAUAAAGAAGUUCUCCACAACUUGGAAGGUGAUCAGCUUCAAGAAUUUUCCAUCAUGGCUACUGAGACUUCUGCAUCUGAUCAUGCUUCUACUAUUGAUGAGCAAUAUGUGAAGAAUGAAAAGGACGAAGGCAUUGCACAAAAGAUGGCUUCUUUAGCAAAUGAAGAUGAAGUCAAACAUGACAAGCCUGAGGAUGAGGAUACUCCUUCAUCAAAGACAGAAGAAGAUGAGGUUGCUGCAGUUGAGAUCGAAAAAUCUGAAGAUUCUCCGGCAUUAGAGGCUUCUGCUGAAGAUAGUGUGAAACAUGACAAGGUUGAGGAUGCACAAAGUGCAACAUCACCCCCAACAGAUCACAAGGUUGAACCUGCUAUUACUAUAGAAAAGACUGAAGAUUCUGUGCCAUCUGUUGCAGUUGAAGACAAUGUAAAGGAGGAGAAGGAAGUGGUUCCUGACUCACACAGUAUCAGUGACAUUGAACCAGUUCAUAAGGCACCAUCCACAGAACCCGCUGCGGAGGAAACACCACCACUGGAACUAGAAAAGGAACCAAGCAACACAGAUGAGACUAGUCCUCUGACAGAAUCAGAAGGAGGGGUGCUGAAAGAAGCUCAAGUUUUGGAAACAUGUGCCCAAGUGGAAGAGAAGCCUGAGCCUGUGUCUACACCUGUGGCUGCUGAAGUUGAUGAAAGCCAGAAAGAACCAGAAAAGCAAUCAUUGGAACAAAGGGUAGAAGAGGAGAAACCAGACACAUCUGUAGUUCCUCAACACUCAGAAGAAAGCGGUGAUGCCACAGAGGUCAAAACAAGAGAACUAGAAUUUGAGGCAGAGGUAUUGGAAAAGACUAACAACUCUGAAACAGAGAAACCAGAGCCUGUGGAAGCUGAAGUUGCUGAAAGCCAGAGAGAAGCAGAGAAAGCAGAGCCUGUGGCUGCUAAAGUUGAUGAAAAACAGAGUGAAACAGUGAAAGCAGAGCCUGUGGCCGCUAAAGUUGAUGAAAACCAAAGUGAGCCAGAAAAACAAGAGAAAGAAGAGAAGCCUAAGAAAGUUGCUCCUUUAACAGAAGCUGAAAGUGCAGAGCAAGAAGGAAAUAUAGUUGAGGCUCACCCUCCCAAAGACUCAGGUAUUGAGGAUGUGAAAGACACUGGCAACUCGGAGCCAGAAGCAGUUCCUGAAAAAACAGAGAAACCAGAACCUCUGCCAACUGAAGUGGAGGAAAAGCCAAGAGAACAACUACAAGUAGAUGAGGAAGUUGCAGAAGCUAGUAAGGAAAUGGAAACUAAGAAAGAAAUUGUGAUUGAGACUGCCAAGAGUGAAGGAACAUCUGACGACACGAUCAAGGAAGAGAAAACUGAGAAAGAGGAGGAAACUAGCCUCACUGUAAAUGCCACACAAGUUUCAUCAAAUGCGGAACCUCAAGAAAAUCCUGUGGAAACUUCUUCUGAAGUUGUGCUUGAGACUUCCAAGAGUGAAGGAGCUCUGGAUGACACGGCCAAGGAAGAGAAAACUGACAAAGAGGAGGAAACUAGUCUCACUGUAAAUGCUGCACAAGUUUCUUCACAAGUUUCUCCUGAAGCAGCAGAAAAGAUUGUUGAAGAGGUUGAUGACAAGAAAGAAUCAAGCAUUUCCAAUGUGAUCGAAGCGGAAUCAAACGAAGCCGCUGACAUCAUAAAAAGUCCAGAGCAAGCCUCCAUUGAUGAGGAAGCUAAAACUGACCUAAACGAAGAAAGAGAGAUUUAUGUUCCUGCUGCUGUGGAGGAAAAGGUUGCUGUUGAUGUUGCUGCAAAUGAUGAUGUUGACAAGAAGGAACCUGAAGCACCUAAUAAUGCUGUCCCUGAAUCCUCUCAAGAGGAAGUGGUUGAAAGCAAAAAGGUUGAGGAACAGAAUGAGGCAAAGGCAGCUACAACUGAAGCAGCAGAGAGUGUAAAAGUUGAUAAAGUAGUUGAUGACAAGAAGGAAGAGAAAACUGAGACAAAGGUGGAAGAAAUCUCUAGAGCUAUUAAUGAACCUGUUAGAGAAACAUUGGCAUCUAAAUUUGAAGAGGAAAGUGUUGAACCUGGAGCGGAUAAGGUAGAGAAAGAACAAACUGUGGAGCCUGAGAAAACUGAGGUUCAAGCCACCAAGGAAAAUGAUGCAACAAAAACAUCCAAGGACCUUCCAAAAGAAACUCCAGCCAAACCAGCUCAAAAGCAAUCAAAUAACAUCAUUUCAAAGGUUAAGCAGUCACUAGUGAAAGCAAAGAAAGCUAUCACUGGAAAAUCUCCAUCCUCCAAAAACCUUUCCUCCGAGCCCAAGGGCGAUAUUAAAGUCAAAUAAUGGAACUGACUGAACAAGUUUGCAGCAUUAAGUAUUUACUUUCUCUUUCUUUUCUUUUCUUUUUUCAUUGUCGUGGCGCAUAGCAUUAUAGCAUAUUUGUUCGUUUUUAUACAUUGUAAUUUUUCUCUUGAAUUUGUUUGAAUGCAAAAGGGUGUGCAGAAUGUAGUGUAUAUAGAUGAACUAGGCCAUGCAUUAGGCAGUGCUGUAAAAUUUGAUUGUUUUGUUCUGUUUUAUUCUUUUGGAUAAUAUGCAUUGUGUUUUUGUUUGUUGUUGAUAAACGAGGAAGGCAAUUUUAACUUA